CUCUCGUUUUGUAAUAUCUUGUUUGGCCCUUUCUCUAUCAAUAUUUUUAGUGCUAUGGAGUCAUGAGACUGGGUGGAAACGGGUGCUGUUGAGCUUUUUGGCUGGCAGUCAGAUUUCGACGGUUGCUAAUUUUGAAGUUUUUGAAAACAAGUCCUUGAUCGAAAAUUCGUCCUUCGAGUAAAUAUACGAUUAUUCACACUUCAGCAACAAAAACGUGCGACAAGUGUCUACCUGCUAACUAGCCUUCUGGUUCAACCGUUCACGAUGCCUGAAAAUGGCAAGAGGGAGUUUGAGGGAGAUGAAGUGUCCCUUUUUGAUGGUGGAAAUGCGUAUGCGCAUGUAAAUAAUGAAGAUGGUGACUCUCAUGAGAGCAAGAAGCCCUGUAAGGCAUAUCAACACGGUCACGCAAAGGUCAAAACUGGCUGUAACACUUGCAAGUAUGAUAUUCAAAAUCAAUAA